AUGCCGAGUUUUACAACUUUGGCUUGGAGCUUUGUGAUCUGCAGGGCGCGUACCAGCGACACCGUACGACCGCGACCGCGACCCCGUACGACCGUGACAGGGAUGAGAUGGAAGAUGGUGAUGUCUGCAGUGGAGAUGGAGAUAGAGAUAUUCCAUGGUGCGAACUCGGGAGAAUGCAAGAAGUGCGUUUUUGAUGGGAUGGUCUUCCACUGCAUGGAAUUUCCAUCGCCCUACAUUUUGGCUGUCAGUUGGGAUUCUCGUCUACGUCCUGCUCCUUCUCAGAGGAAAGUGUCCCUUUUCGACAAUGAAGCCUAA